UUGACUGCGCGAUCUACCCGUGCAGCGCCAUUAUCCGAGUCAGCAGGUCGUUUUGACGUUUUCUCCCAUACCAACGAAGCAAGUCGAGCUGCGAUCGCACAGCCGCGUAUAGCUGCACUACGACAGCAGUCAAGCUCGCCCGGAGCUUCGGUGCAGACCUCUCCACUCUCCGUCUGUGUUCGCUCGCGUGUGAAUUCUAGUUUUGUUCUUAAUUGCUGCGAACCAGCUUCUUUAGAAAUUUGUGCAUGUGUGUGUGUGUGUGUGUGUGGCGUGUUGCUGUGUUGCAGUGUUAUAUAGCAGCAGCAGUGGUCACUGGUCAGUGGGCUCGUUUUCAAAUACUUUAAUUUGCAAGUGGCCAACGUGCUCGUUAUAGUUGGCGUACGCAGGCCUUUCGUGUCGUUGCUGGCUCGUAUAUAGCUACUCCCUGUGUGUGUGCUGUGUGCAUGGCAGCCAGCGUCGAUUCGCCGUUAACAGCAGCAGCAGCAGCGCCCGUACUGCAUCCGACUCGGAUUGUUCGUUGAUCGAGGAUCGACGAGCAGUGGAAUAAAAAAAAAAAAAAAAAAGAAUAAUAAUAACAAAGUGCUCCGCUGCGCCAGUAAGCAAGAACUCCAACGAUAUAAUAGCGAGCAGCGAGCAGUGGCUCGUUUGACAGGACGUCCCGUUGUACGGCCUCCUUUGUUGUUGGCGCGGCCGCGGACUGCUCUCCUGGAUCUGGAUCUAGUCGGGCAGAGCCGAGGCAAAUUAGCAUCGUCGAAUUGGGCGACGCCUCCGCGAUCCGUAGGCGAGUAAAAGCGGCGAUUCAUCGGGAGCGCCGAUAGAGCAUCGGCACUGGCUGCAGGUCCAUUAGUAUGAGUUGGCUCGCGAGUCGCCAUGUCCAAGCUAAUAAUCGUCGUCCGACCGCACGACUCGCGCUGACAGCGAUCGCCAGCCGAGUUAGCAGCUCGGCCUCGUGACAGGAGGCUGUCAUCGAGCGUCAUCCGCCAGUUUCACAGACUGCCCUCGCCCAUCUACAUAUGUACGAGUAAUAAUAAUAAUAAUAACAAGUCGCAGAGUGCAGUGCCACUGUAGAGCGAGGCCCGCGCUGCUGCGUGCAGCCAGUCCAGCGAACGAGCGCAAUUAUUAGCCUUCGAAGCCACGAUCGACAAAAGAGUGCGAUGCCUGCGUUGCUCGCUCUUCGUGCUGCUCUUUGCUAGCUACCGCGAGUGCGUGCCUGUGCUCUUGUCUGUGCUCUUGUCCGUGCUCUUGUCCGUGCUCUUGUGUGUGCGUGUAUGUGUGCCCGAGUGAGCGGCUUGCCGCUUGCCAGUGUCUAGCCGUCCAAGUGUGUGCGUGCUCGUGGGCUGCGCGACUGCCUCUCUGUGUCGUCUAGCAGUGAAACACGGCCUGCGACUAUUUACAGUGUUUGGCGUUCGCUUGUUUAGUGAACGAGUGUUGGUGCUACUCGUACAUGCGUGUCUCUUGGUGCGUCGGCAGAGCUCGGGCCCAAUGACAUACCGACUACGUCGUCGAUGACUACGACGAGCCUAGCCAGAUAGGACGAAUUACGAGCUCGGGCCUGCAGGGGGAUCGAGUGAAUCGAGUCGAGAGUCGCCAGAGGCAUAUAGGUAAUAAGUAAUCGACUGCUAGCAUUGCUGCGGCGAUGUGGUCGGCCAGAUGGCGCCAGCAGCGCAGCCACUCCGCUGAUUUUGAUCGGAGCUGCUUCCAGCGCGAGCAGCUGCUAGCGCGCCCCGACUCCGGGGCCGCCCUCGAGCUCGUCGACGUCGACCGGUCUCCGACCUCGUGGCCGCUCACGGCUGCCCAACGGCCAGCCUCAUGCCACAGCCGGAACGCCAACUGCAACUAGUGCUGCAACGUCAUGAGCCGAGAUCUCUACGUGCCCUGCCAGACGCCCUUUGACUACCCGUGUGGCAGCGGUUCAUCGGUCACAGGUGAAGGCGUCAUUGUAAGCGGCGUAAAUGUCAAUGGAGGGAUCGGCGUAGGAAGUGGCAUGGACUGUAUGCCACUGCGUCCUGGUCCGUUUCACUAUUUAAUAAACGAGCAGGCGAAAUCUUUAGUGGCCCUGCAGGAGCUUCAAAAUGAAGUUGGAGCUUUACUCGAGUUUCGGGAUCUCGUCAUCGAGACGUUCCCGAACCUCAGGCAUAAAAUGGCCGUAUCUGCGGCGUCGUCGGCGGUGGUUGCGACAAGUGCUGGUUCAGGGGCCAGUGGGAACAGCCCGGCCGGUGGUCCAGUUCACACCUCGAGCAACGACAAUGCUUCCGUCCUCAUGUCACCCAGCAAUCAGCAGGGCUCGCACAUACCUCUUCCAUUAUCCAGUCAGAGUUUAACGUCGCGGCGAAUCGUCGAAUGGGAACCGGGCAAGGUGCGCCGAAGAGUCGCGCAAUCCAGGGAGACAGACUCGACGUCGUCGUUGCCGCGAAGUCGCAGUAAUUCGCAUAGCGGAGGCUGCAGCAGUAACAACAAACAGCACAGUGCCACCGUCCAGGACUCGGGUUUUAGUACGGAAACGUCAUCGAAAGAUAGCGCCUCGACUGCUACCGCUAGACCACAAAGUCCCAACUGUAGACCCGUCCUCGAUGAAGCUGAAGACGAGCUCUGGAAUCUGCUCGAUGUUAUUCACAGAAAAGGGGUCAGGCUUAGAGAAGAGGUCGAGAGUUUGCAAGGUCGUUUAGAAAGUGUCGCCCCGGAAGACUUGGAUGACGUGCCGAGCGACAUCCUCGAUGCCGUGCGAAAUGUCACGGAUCACACAACGAGACAACGUAAAAGGCUGGACCAUUCGGAUCUCGACGAGAAUUUCCUCGAUGACGACAACGACGACAACAGUGACGAGUUGGCCUUGCUGCGUCGCGAAAAGCUUCAAUUACUUGACAAAGUAGCUGAACUCGAAGCCGAGACUAUAGCUGGUCGGGUUCGAACUCAAGAACUCCAGUCCCAACUAGCAGCUCUGGCGCUUCUCAAGACUGGUUUGGAGGAUAGGUUAAAAAUUGGAUUGUCAGCCGCAGGCGACAUCAGUAGCGAGAUCUUAACGCCGGCGCCUAACAGAAUAACACCCAUCGAUGCGGUCUCCACAAAUGGCAUGCCUUCACCUAGAGGCAGCAACGGAGCACUCAAUAUCGGUGGCAAAGGUUCGGCUUUUGCAAGCGUCGUUACCUCUACUGGUUCAGAGUCCAAGUUGUCUGCGAAAAGUCGUUUUCGUACGCGAACAAUCAAAAAGAAUGUAUUGCAGCGCGCGGCUAACCAGAUGUCAACGACCAAUCGUUCUUACGAAGAUAUUUACUCGGCGGUCGCUUCUCAAGAUUCGCCCGCAGAGCGACGAGCUCAUCUGGGUGCGCUGGAUUCGGUGCUGGUAUCGCCGACUCGAAUGCCGCUAAGACGAUUGCCUCGGGCUGACGUGGAUACUUUGAAAAUUGCUGCCAUACUGAAAGAAAAAGAGCCACUAGAGCUGCAGAGACACCUCAUAACUACGACUGUUCACAAUCAAGUUUUACAAAAGCAACUGAAUGAAGUGCAGAAAAGUAGUGAAUGCCUUUCCGAACGAUUAGGAAAGGCCAAUGAAGAAAAUGAGGAUCUGCGGUUUCAGCUGGCCGAGAGAAACAUCGAGCUCGAGGGUACUCGAGCCAGAGUGCGGGUGCUGGAGCGUUUGCAGCAACGACCAGCAACUGAAACGGACGCAGAUAGUGAGUCUGAGUUGGCGUUGCAUCAGCUAUCGAAUGGCACGUUGGACACGACGAAUAGCAACAGCAGUGCUGAAUCGUCGCGCGAGCCGCUGGUCAACUUGCAGAACGGUGCAGCGUUGAAGCCUUCGCCUCGCCGGCGACCUAGUCGAAUUCCUUUGCCAGGUGCUUCGAAGGCAGCGGCACCAAAGCCUCCGAUCAUUCAAAGAUCGCGCUGCACUUAUGACUCAGCGAGUCAGAAUUAUUCGCGAGAUUCGCUCGGCAAACAGCAGCAAACGAGUAACGGCUCCCCUUCGGGCUCGGCUAACUCCAAUCGAUUGAAGAGCCAUCGAGAUUCUAGUCGCGAGUCUCUUAAUAAAAGCAUUAGCCUUAACAAAAGUCAGACGAACAGAUCCUUGUCGCGUAGCAUCGGCAGCAGCAAUAAUAACAACAGUGGCAACGACAGCAAUAACAAAAACUCCUUGGGCAAAGCAACCAACUCGAAUUCAUUGUCGAAACCAAAGGAUUCGUUAGAAUCAAAUAGUGGAGGCGCACAAGCACCACCGAGCACCCCGCCGAGAAGGCCAUCCGCACCGACGCGUAGAUCGCAGAGCCAAGCACCAAUUUCGUCCAGGUCCGUCGUCAAUGCUGCUGCCAGUGCCGAUCAAGACUAUGGCGGCAAGGUACGCACCGUUAAGCAAUUCUUUUGGAAAACCUGGCUCAAAUGAAACUGCGAUCGAGAGAGAUGAUUAAGAAAAUGAUAUGGAAAAUAAUGCGAUUAUGCAAAAAGUUUAUUAAGGAUGGAUUGCGAUUAUUAUUUACGUUUAAUGAAUAGGAGAUGGGUUUCUUGCACGAUCAAUAGCGUUGGUUGUUUUUCGUGUGCUGGAUGAACAACAAGUCUCUCUCCCUCGUUGAGAUCUGGCCAACAAUUGAAAAGGAAACACACUAUCAAAAAUACGCGUCUCUAUGUUUUUUUUAUUAUAAUUAUCAUUAUUAUUAUUAUUAUCGUUUUCAUUGACUGAACAAUAUUACAAAACAAAUUUAGAUGGAAUUUCACAGUCACAGUUAAACAUUUAAACUCGAGUAUUAUUGUAAAUAAUGAGUUUCGCGUAAUUAAAAUGGUUACUUAUUAUUAUUUUAAAAACACGAAGAUAUUAUCUGUAGCUAUAAUGUUCAACUUUUUUUGUUAUUCGAUUUCAUGAUUCAUGAAAAACCAACGUUACACUUUUUUUUCAUUAUUCAGUUUAAAAGUUUCAUUAAUGAGGGAUGAAUAUUGUUUUAAUUCAACUUCCACCUACAAUAUCGUUCAAAUCUUUAAUUAUACAUGUGAAACUAAAAAUUAAAUGAUAAUGUGAAAAGCUGCCGAACUAAUGAAAAUUUUCUAAAACGACUGCCUAGUAUAAAUUCAUAUGCCACUAACACACAUAUACGUACAUACAGUUUAAAAAAACUAAUCCAAAAUAAUAAACAAAAAAAUCAAACAAACAAAUACAUACAUUUUCUACGAAAUCUUGUGCUGGGCUGACAGAGAUGAGGUGAAGACUUGCAACCUAUACCAUCUUCGAUAUUUCGUCUGCAAAAUACAUUCAAGAGCAAAAAAGAAUAUUAUCAUACCAUACGCAAAUGGUCCCGAGAAAAGAGAUUUUCGCUCCUUAGCGCAAUUUUUCGUCUUCUGUCUCAGUAUACAAUCUUCAGAUCCUCCAACUUCAUGGCUUUCAUCAACUGUUUCAAUAUAUCCAGAUUCAUUAGAUAGUAGGAACGAAUCGACUUGCACUGCCUCAACUAAAAUUGAAUUCAUAAUUGGUUCACCAACACGUAAACGGCUCUUCAAACCUGCUUCUUGGUUUCAAUUCUUCGACAGUAUUGAUAUGCCUAGUUACAGCGGCAAACACCCCUCAAUGUUAAAUAAGGUAGAGUCUGAGGGUGAUUCACUGGAAUACGUUAGCAGAAUUGAAAAUGAUAAUUAAAACAUUUAAUUAAAUGAUAGUUACAGCCCCCUUUAUACAAAAUAUACGAUUUGGAGAAUCAUUCAACUGCUUUAUACAAAAAUUAUUUAUCUGUAUUGUAAAUAAAAAAAAUAUGAGUCUCUCCAUAUUAUCCUUAGGCUAAACACUUCCUUUAAAAUUUUUGUUUGCAAUCGUUUAUGGUUUAUUAAUUUGGAUACAAAAAUGUCUCUGAGUUUAAAUCCAAGCUUGGACAUUCUUAUUGCAAAUAAUUAGAAAAGUUUAUUUCAAAAUUUAGCAAGAAUAAACAACUAAGCAUUCCAAGUGCAAAGAUAGAACAUUAAUUUUGAAACAGUCGUUAUAUUGUGUCGAAAAUCAUAAAAUUGUAUGGCACAAGUGUAACGGCCAUAACAAUUUAUUUCUGAAAAACUAAAGAAUUAACAUUCCUAGAUAUGUCAUUAAUUAUCAAACUGGCGAACUCAUCGGUGCAAUUGGAUGUAGUUUUUCCAUACUUAAUUGUGAUACGAUUUGUAAAAUAUAUGUACUAUUAGUUCUACUAACACAGUUAUUCUAUACUUUUUUGGGAAAAUAAAUCGAAUAUUUAAAAUUUUCGUCAAAAA